CGAAGAUGUUCACCGUUCGAUGAGUAUGUACCACAAAACCAAAUGUGGCCAAACAGGAAAUGGCCGUGACGACGCGCCUUGCUCACGCGUUUGGUCCGGCACGCAAGUCAACAUCCUGUGCUGCAGCUCCCCAGCUUUCCUUUUCAUUCACGACCUAACGCAGGGAGUAGCCAGCCAUCAUGGAUUCAGACCUCAUUAAACUCGUCAACCGGCUGCAGGACACAUUCAGCAACCUCGGUGGUGAGCUGGAUAUGCCACAGCUAAUCGUGGUCGGCAGUCAGUCUGCGGGAAAAUCAACAUCGUUGGUCCGCGACUUCCUUCCGCGUGGGCAGGGCAUUGUCACCCGCCGUCCACUCGUCCUACAACUUAUCCACACCCCUUCUCCCGAUCCCGCAGCCCCUACACACACGGAAUGGGGUCAAUUUUUGCAUAUCGACAAGCGGUUCACGGAUUACGACGAGAUACGGAAAGAGAUUGAGCAGGAGACUUUUCGAGUUGCCGGACAGAAUAAAGGCAUCAGCAAAUUGCCCAUUUCGCUGAAAAUAUACAGUCCUGAUGUCCUGGACCUCACACUAGUGGACUUACCCGGCUUGACCAAGAUUCCAGUCGGAGACCAGCCAAGUGAUAUUGAGAGGCAGAUACGCGGUCUUGUUGUCGAAUAUAUCUCCAAACCGAAUAGUGUCAUACUAGCUGUCUCCCCUGCUAAUGUCGAUCUCGCCAACUCCGACGCGUUGAAACUGGCUCGCUCCGUUGACCCGCAAGGACGUCGAACAAUCGGGGUGCUGACAAAGCUGGACUUGAUGGACGCAGGUACCAACGCGCUCGAUAUCCUUACAGGACGCGUCUACCCGCUGAAGCUGGGCUUCAUUGGGGCUGUGAAUCGGAGCCAGCAGGACAUCAACUCAGAGAAAAGCAUGCGCGACGCUCUAGAUUCCGAGACCGAGUUCCUCCGCAAUCAUGCUGCAUAUCGGAACAUUGCACACAAGAAUGGCACCAAGUAUCUUGCUAGAACUCUGAACCAGGUGCUGAUAAAUCAUAUACGCGAUAAGCUGCCGGACAUGAAAGCUCGCCUCAACACGCUUAUGGGACAAGCACAGCAGGAACUGAAUUCUUUUGGUGAUGCGGCCAUCUAUGGGGACAAGAACCAGCAAGGCGCACUCAUCUUACGACUGAUGAAUAAAUUCGCACACGAUUUCGUGGCAUCGAUAGAAGGCACCAAGGUCGACAUUUCGACCAAAGAGCUCUCAGGUGGCGCGCGCAUAUAUUACAUCUUCAACGACGUCUUUGGGCAUGCGCUUGCUUGUAUCGAUUCGACCUCGAAUCUUGAUAAUCAGGAUAUCCGAACUGCAAUUCGGAACUCGACUGGCCCUCGGCCAAGCCUAUUUGUUCCGGAGUCCGCCUUCGAUCUACUAGUAAAGCCGCAGAUCAAGUUACUGGAGUCGCCUAGUCUGAGAUGUGUGGAGCUGGUGUAUGAAGAGCUUGUCAAAAUCUGCCACAAUUGCACAAGCACAGAGCUGGAACGAUUCCCCCGCCUCCACGCGCAGUUAAUCGAAUGUGUGUCAGAACUCUUGAGAGAACGACUCGGACCCACAUCGGAAUACGCACAGAGUCUGAUCGAGAUACAAGCCGCAUACAUCAAUACCAAUCACCCUGCAUUCAUAUCGGGUUCCGCGGCCGCCGCGCAAGCUGCGACUUCUCCCGCUCCAAAACCUGCGCAGCCAUCACGCCUCCAGAGUAAUGAACCGAUAAAUGGCGCGCCUACACUAGAAGAUGAGGAUGAGUCCUCUGCUGAAGAACCUGUGGGAGUAAAUGGAGUCCUAUCUCGUGAUGGGCGCUCCGUGUCAUCGACAGUGCAUGACCGCACACGAAUUACCGGCUCAGGGCCUGCAUUGCCUGCUGCGAAAGCAUCAUCAUCCAAGCCGCAUCCCGCUCAUCCCCGUCACUCAUCGGCGCAGCCCCAAGCGCCCCAACCAGGAGCACCUGGAACUUCCCCACAUUCUGCACGAGAGACGUUCCUCAACUAUUUCUUCGGGCAGAAUGGUCCAGGGCCAAUCGCGGGAUCAACCGUGGAGAGACCGCGGGCCCCUACCGGUCUAAUGGCCGGCAAGCGGACCCUUGAUGGCAAUAACGCCGCGUUUGAUAUGAAGAGCCUGGGGAAACAUAUCGAAGCCAUAUCGUCUUCUGAACCUGGCUCGCAAAUUACUCUGCGGGAGGAAAUGGAGACGUCACUGAUAAGAUCUCUAAUUUCGUCGUACUUCGCGAUUGCAAUUAUGCACUUUUUAGUCAACUACACCUCGCAGCAAGUGCAGAACCGAUUGGUUGCAUCUCUAUACAAGCCGGAGCUUUUCGCGGAUUUGCUGGACGAGGAUGAGGCGUUGGUCGCCGAGCGGACGAGGGUAAAAGCGUUGUUGGACGCAUACAAAGAAGCCUUCAAAACGCUUUCCGAGGUUAACUUGAAGCCCGUAUAGCUGGCUCUACCAACUAUUACUGCAACCUUACAUAGUGUUUAUGUUAUAGACUCCUUUGGGUGUAGCUGAAAUAUCGUGUACGAUUAGGUAGCGCGCUAGUAGACAUAGCAGGUU